AUGGAGACAGACACAGAGAAAUCAACAAAUUUCGCCACAUGCGGUACUCAUAUAGAAGGAUUAACGUCACAAGAAGACACCUUAUUCGCCACCAGAUUAAGUUAUAGUUCAAGGGGAAUGGAAUUUGAUACGUUCAGCUGUAGUUUCUGUCUGCAGAGCUUCCCUACAAAAUACAGACUUAUAAUGCAUGUCUUCACCCACAUUGAUGGUGUGCAGGUUCCUGCAUACAUUUGUAAGUCCUGUGGUGAGGUAUUUCCCAGUAAUGAUAGGUUGGACAAACAUUUGAAAAUGAGUGAGUGUGAUGAAUUUUUAUCUGCAGGCAAUAAUGAGAAAUAUGACUACAGUGAAGACCAUGAAAAUAUUAUCGUCUUGGAAAAUCAAAGAGCAGUUUCUGCCAUGGAGAAGCAGACUUCAUCCAAGGAAACUUUGGAACCUUUGAAGAAAUCUUUUAAUGACACAUCUAACAUCCAUACAGUGACACUUCCUACAGGGGUGGCAGACAGGAGUGGUGAUUGUGAAACCUUAGGUACAAGUGGUAAUGUCAAUGUCCACACUGUUUUACUUCCUGCGAAGAGAUUGCACAAAUGUGAUGAGUGCGGCAAAUGUUUUACUCGGUCGGAUCAUCUCAAGACCCAUUUGUUAGUACAUACUGGUGUAAGACCACACAGAUGCAAUGUUUGUGGAAAAUCAUUUAGCCAGUCGUGCAAUCUCAAGAAACAUGUAUUAAUACACUCCGGAAAGAAACCUCAUAAAUGUGAAACCUGUGGCAAAUCUUUUACUGUACGCGGUUCUCUGAAGAUACAUUCCUUUACACACACAGGAAAGAAACCCCAUUUAUUUGAUAUCUGCGGCAAAACUUUUACUGGAUCGAGUAAUCUUAAAACCCACACAUUAACACAUACUGGGGAGAGACCACACAAAUGUAGAGUUUGUUGCAAAAAAUUUUGUGUGUUGGUUAAUCUAAAGAAACAUGUCUUGAUACACACUGGACAGCGACCCCACAAAUGCGAUGUUUGUGGCAAAUGUUUUACUGAUUUGAGUACUCUAAGAAAACACACAUUAAUACACACUGGAAGGAGACCUCACAGAUGCGUUAUUUGUGGCAAAUCUUUUACUCAGUCCAGUAAUCUCAAGAAACACGCCUUAAUUCAUUCAGGACACAGGCCUCACAAAUGUGAUAUUUGUGGAAAAUCUUUUACGGAGUCAGGGACUCUAAAAAAUCAUAUGUCUGUACACACUGGAAGUAGACCUCACAAAUGUGAUGCCUGUGGCAAAUCUUUUGCUUUGUUGGGUAAUCUCAAGACCCAUGCAUUACUCCACACAGGAAAGAGAGAGUACAAAUGUGAUACAUGUGGCAAAUGUUUCACUGUGUUGAGUAACCUCAGGACCCACAUUCGAAGACACACUGGAGAGAAACCGCACAAAUGCGAUGUUUGUGGCAAAUCAUUUACUGAGUCGGGUACGCUCAAGAAACAUGAACUAAUACACAUCGGAAAGAGAUCUCACAGAUGUGAUGUCUGUGGAAAGUCUUUUAUUCACUUGCGUAAUCUGAAGGCCCACGCAAUAAUCCACACUGGUGAGAGACCACACAAAUGUAGUGUUUGCGGAAAGUUAUUUACUCAGUCAGGUAAUCGCAAUAAACAUGUGUUAAUACACACUAGAAAGGGACCUCACAAAUAUGGUUCUCGGCACAAAUAA